AUUUGUGGCUUUGAUGUUUGCAUUUAGACGAGUAGGAUUUCUAAACUCUAUUUUGCUCCAUCUGUAACAAAAGUACAUUCUUUCCGCAUUCAAUGGAUUGUGAUGGACAUGAUAAUGCACUGUCAAAGCCUACCCUUAAUGAUAUGCAAGCUACGCUAUUAGUUGAAAAGGUUUUUGGACUACGCGUAUCUGAGAUCCGAUCUCUGCCCAGUUAUGGUGAUCAAAAUUUUUAUGUUAAAGUACAGAGAAGUGAAGAAUCUGAUGAUCUUGUUACUGACUAUGUGCUCCGAAUAUCAAAUGCUUAUGACAGUCAAAAAAAUGCUGAAAUGUUAGAAGUGCAGACAGAAGUUAUGUUAUUCCUAAAGCUGAAAGGAUUUCCAUCACCUGCACCAUGUCUAAAUAAAGAUGGUCAAGUUUUGUCCCUGGAAAACAUUGAUUAUGGCUUUGGUCUCAGGACACAUAUGGUACGUCUUCUGACAUUCCAGCUUGGAACGGAACUUGCAAAAUGUCCAAUAAAUGCCCAUACUUUAUAUGAAGUUGGAAGAAUGGCGGCGUUAAUUGAUAAAUCUCUUCAUGAGGAAUUUCAGCAUCCAAAACUCAAAAGUCUUUACCGUGAAAAAUUCAUUUGGAAGCUGACAAAUGUGCACAUGCUGGAAAACUUCCUUGAUGUCUUGGGUGAAAGCAAAGAAAAAAGAGUCGUGGUAGAUGUCAUUCAACAGUUCAAGGAGGAAAUCCAGCCAAAUUUAAACAAGUUUCGUCCAUGUGUAAAUCAUGGAGACCUUAAUGACCAGAAUAUCUUACUGGAACCGGUUAAUACUGUGAAUGGCAUCUGUCAAGAGGAAAACUACAGGAUCUCUGGAAUUCUGGACUUUGAUGACAUGAGUUAUGGAUACUAUGUCUUUGAGUUGGCUGUCUGUAUAAUGUACAUGAUGAUUGAAAAUAAAGAGCCUAUCUUAGUUGGUGGCCACGUACUUGCAGGGUUUGAAAGUGUGGUUCCAUUAACCUCAGAUGAAAGAGAUGCUGUAUUUCUACUAGUAAACUGUAGAUUUUCUCAGUCUCUUGUUAUGGCCCGGUACAAUGUUUCACUAUGUCCUGAAAAUGAAGAGUACCUCAUGAUAACAGCAAAAACUGGCUGGAAGCAUUUAUUGACUCUGUGGGAUAUGGGCAAGGAAUCUGUGGAGAAGAUCUGGUUUGGAAUAGCAGAGUCCUACGUAAAUAUGAAAAAAACCUUGACAAAAGUACCUUAUGGUGCAUCAGUUCUGACAGAAACAUACAGAGAUGCUGAUAGUAGAAGUCCCACAGUCUAAGUCCACCUGAACAUUACAGUUAAAAUCUUUGCAGCUGCCCUUUUUCACUACUUAUUCAUUCCUUCUUCCAUCUAGUACAGGCACUAUUGUACACCUUUGAUGACAUACCUUUAACAUUGUUUCUGGAAAUUAGAUUCAUAACCUUCCAGAACUGCGUAUAUGCGCUAACCAAUGGAGUGUUCUUUGAUCUAACCAAUGGAGUGUUCUUUGAUCUGACCAAUGGAUUGUUCUUUGAGAUGAUGAUGACCUCAGUAUCGUUGGAGUCCACUCCAUCAGUUGCAUACCCCAGUCUUUCCCAGUUUCCUUUUAUGUAGUUGACUAUAAGUUUGGUUAUAUGCCUGGGGUACUUGUCCACCAUAGCACUGUCCUGCAGGAGUGCAUUUUUUCACUAGAUCUUUCCCACCUUAGAAAUUAAGAUACUUAUGUACAUUACAUGCCAGCUGCUACCUGUUAGCUUACUGCAUAAGCUGUAGCAGUACUCUGUGGCGAUGCCUUUCAUUAUCUGUGAUCAUUGUACUAAUCUUUCUGCCAUCACUGAAAAGUUUGAUCAUGCUGUACACCCAGCAGCGGUGGCUACACAUUCCUUCUCAUUCCAGGGCACAAUAGGGACACAGUAGCUAGCUGGUGAGGCAUGUAGAAAAUGUGAAGCAAAAAAAAAAAAAAAAAAAAUACCCAAACGCCAUAUUCAUGAAGUAUAGGAUACAUGACACAUGGAAACAGUUCACCCAUAAUCUAGUAUUAAAAAUAAAAUACCAUUUCCUUCCAAAUAAACA